CCACCGCGCUACGGGCGCGAGUGAUUGCCUGGCGACCGGGUGUUACCGACCCCCGUGCCCCCACAUUCCUAGCUCUUGGCUUCUCCUCCUGGCGCAGAGCGGGGCUCCGGGGUCAGAGAGGAGACCACCUGGCCCCUGCCCUGGAACCCGCAAUCUUGGAGGAAAGAGAUAGAGUCCAGGACGAUGUCUGGAGAACUUCCACCGAACAUUAACAUCAAGGAACCUCGAUGGGAUCAAAGCACCUUUGUUGGGCGAGCCAAUCAUUUCUUCACUGUAACAGAUCCCAGGAAUAUCCUGUUAACCAACGAACAACUAGAGAAUGCAAGAAAAGUAGUGCAUGAUUACAGGCAAGGAAUUAUUCCUCCAGGUCUUACAGAAAAUGAAUUAUGGAGAGCAAAGUACAUCUAUGAUUCAGCUUUUCAUCCCGACACGGGUGAAAAGAUGAUUUUGAUAGGAAGAAUGUCAGCUCAGGUUCCAAUGAACAUGACCAUCACAGGUUGUAUGAUGACAUUUUAUAGGACGACACCGGCCGUGCUGUUCUGGCAGUGGAUUAACCAGUCCUUCAACGCCGUGGUCAAUUACACCAACAGAAGUGGAGACGCCCCCCUCACUGUAAAUGAACUGGGAACAGCUUACGUUUCCGCGACAACUGGUGCCGUGGCAACAGCUCUAGGACUCAACGCAUUAACCAAGCAUGUCUCACCACUCAUAGGACGUUUUGUUCCCUUUGCUGCUGUAGCUGCUGCUAAUUGCAUUAAUAUCCCAUUAAUGAGGCAAAGGGAACUCAAAGUUGGCAUUCCUGUCACAGAUGAGAAUGGGAACCGCUUGGGCGAGUCGGCCAAUGCUGCAAAACAAGCCAUCACACAAGUAGUUGUCUCUCGGAUUCUCAUGGCAGCCCCGGGCAUGGCUAUCCCUCCAUUUAUCAUGAACACUUUGGAGAAAAAAGCCUUCCUAAAGAGGUUCCCAUGGAUGAGCGCACCUAUUCAAGUUGGAUUAGUUGGCUUUUGUUUGGUAUUUGCUACACCUCUGUGUUGUGCUCUAUUUCCUCAGAAAAGUUCCAUGUCUGUGACAAGCUUGGAGGCUGAGUUGCAAGCCAAGAUCCAAGAGACCCAUCCUGAAUUACGACGUGUAUACUUUAAUAAGGGAUUGUAAAGUAGCAGAAGAAACUCUACAGCUUAUCCCGUCUACUGCAGACCCGGUGAGGAAAAGCCGGUUCGACCCGGGUUCUCCCAGUUACAGAAACCUUUUAAAGACCCACAUUAGCCUUUUAGAGUCAAGCUGCUGCUUACAGCACAGCACCUCGUAUGGGCCAGGCGCCUGACACCUGUUGGCUCCCUUACAUUUGAAUCACGAUAUAAUUUACAGAAAUACCCUUCCUCUAGCUUUUAUAGUAAUUGUUUUUCAAAGACAAUAUACCAGCCCUCACCCAGAGUUUUAAAAAGCACUGCUAGGCAUAGAGUAGAUGUUCAGUAUAUGCUCAAUACAUAUGUAUUGAUUAUCAGUGAGUGAAAAGGAAAUCUGUUUGAAAUAUUGAGUUUUUAUCCAUCCCAUUCUUGUUUCAAAUCACUCAGCACUGAUUGGGGAAAACACAAAAGCUCUGAGGCUAAGCUAUAAAAAAUGACUCGUAAAUAUUAAGGACAUUUGCUUCCACUUUGGGCAAUGGGCAACCCAAAGUAGAUGAUGAGUCUUUUGGAUUUAUAGGAUAAAAGCUCUUCUGUCUACUUCCCAAAAGUCACAGUAAUAGACACAUGUGAUGAGCCAUCCCUGCUGUCAACAACUAUAUGCAUUCAUAUUGCUGGUGGAUUUCUUUAGUUGACUCUUAAAUUUAUUCUGUUUUACAUUCCUAUGAAGCUAAUCUUACCUUGCACUUGUUGACUUUAUAUUCAGUUAUUUACAUCAAAUAAUCAAAUAACUGAAAUGUACAAAUGUCAAAUUUUGGAAGUAUAUUCAAUACCAAUGCUGUAUGACUGGGUUGAAUCUGGUUUGUUUGAUUUUUUUUUUUUAGAAGUGAGAGCACAGUUCCAGCUAGCUACAUGUCUUUUCUUGUCAUUCUCAUAGACCUCUUUGGCUUUCAGAAAGAUACAGAAAUAAUGUGUAUGUGAAUCAGUGACUGAAUGAAUUGUACUUGAAUAUUCUAUACUUCAUUCCACCCUGCUUGACAAUAAGGAAUCCAUGGACCACUGUUUACAUCCUCUGUAGUAGCUUCACAUGUAUUUAAUGUAGCAGAUUAUGUUUCAAGUCUGAAGAUGUUCAAGGCAUAUGCUACGUGGUUCUGUUGAGUGAGGCCACUCAGUUCAAUUGUAAUUCAGAGACUUAUAAGUGAAAAAAAAAUGUAGAAGCUAGUUUUGACAGAUUUUUCCAGACAAUGUGACCAGACUGAAUUUCCUCAUAAAGAAAAAAUGGUGUUCCUUGUGUCCGUGUUUCUCUUUUCUCUGAAAGGAUUAAUGGAUCUGAAGCUUGGGGCCACUCUGAGCCUUCCUUUGUGCCACCAGAAUUUUCUCAUUUAGAUUUUCUGUCUUAAACCAUUUGAGGCAAAAUAGCUUCCCCAUUACAUUCUGUCCUUGGAUGUAUUUUAUUGCCAUAGAUGCUUCUCUUUAAAAAGUGGUAGGAGCCUGAAAUUCAAGGCAGAUCUCCACGAGGUGCUUUUAAGGGUGCUUUUAAGGAGAAACCGAAGCCCCCCACAACCUGCCCCAGCUAAUCUCAGUAUUCUGACCCCCACCCUCCCCACUCCCCACCCCUGUUCACUGGUAGCUCCUUCUCAGAAUCUUAACCUUCACUGAGAAAUUAAUCAGCAACUGGCUUGAAGAUUGAUGAACUAAACUUUAUACACACCAGGAAGGGAUAAUGAACAUGGAGAUGUGUCUUUUUAAACAUUAUUUAUUGAAGCUUCCAACUCUUGAUGCUUUUAUAUAGAAAUAUUAACUGUAUCGUUUAAUCGUGGUUUAUAAAAAGGAGCAAAUGAACCAAGAUUGGCAAUUUUGCUGAUUUCUUAGAAAUACCUUUUCUGGAGAAAAGCCCACAUGAAGUGCAAUGAGCUUAUAAUGGUAAAUAGUUAUUCAUAUUUCUAUUAACAUUAUAAAGAAUUAUGAUUGUGCGUAUUUACUGACUGGCAGUUUUUAUUUCAGGAUUAGCACAGUGUCUCGCCAGUGUUGGAAUCAAUGUAUUAUUUCAGUUCAACUGGAUGAAAUGUUAAAUAAACUCAGAAUGAAAAUAAA